AUCACAUGCGGCUCAGAUGCGCAUCACCGAUUGAACAUCGGCCAGCUAUGCACCAAGCUCCCGGCGGCUGAGCAGCCUCAUCACCACCCAAACGCUGUCCAACUCACGACCCAUUGCACCCAUCGGAACAACCCACAGCACCAUCCACCCCGAAUGACGUCCCCACGAUAGCCAUGGCUGUGCUCUCCAAGUUCGCCCACGCGCGAACCCACCUCAGCGCCUCCUCGCUGAAAUCCCUCGUCAACGACUUCACGCGCAUCUAUCUGCAGCACCGAACCAAGAUCUCGCGCGCCGUCUACCUCACGCUCUUCGUCGCCCUCAUCAACCGCAUCCGCAGCGCCAUCGCCGAGCAGAAAGCCGCGGCUCUGCGCGCCAAAGCCCUCCGCAAGACUUCCACCGCGCCGUCCGAGGGCGAAGCCACGGGCAGGAAGAAGGUCGAGCUCAAUCGCGAGUUCUUCAAGAAUCUGCUUAGGCUGCUGAAGAUCUGCAUUCCGGGAUGGCGGAGCAAGGAGUUUCGGCUGUUGAUCAGCCAUAGUGUGUUUCUAGUGCUGAGGACUAUGAUUAGUCUGUAUGUGGCUGAGUUAGACGGACGGCUGGUCAGUAGUUUGGUUAGGGGGAAGGGGAAAGACUUUCUGUGGGGAUUGGUGUGGUGGAUGACGGUGGCGGUGCCGGCGACAUUUACGAAUUCUAUGCUUUCAUACCACCAGUGCAAGUUGUCGCUACAAUACCGCACGAGACUCACCAACUACGUCCACAGCAAGUACCUCUCGCAUAUGACCUUCUAUACGCUCUCGGCGCUCGACGACCGGAUCAAGAACGCGGACCAGCUUAUUACCGUGGAUGUCGCCAAGUUUGCCAACAGCUUAGCGGAACUGUACUCCAACCUUGCAAAACCUGUGCUUGACAUGGUCGUCUACAACUACUCGCUAUCCCGCAGCGUGGGCGGCGAAGGCCUAUUCUUCAUGUCCCUCCUCGUACAGCUUUCGGCGAACGUCAUGCGCGCGCUCACUCCACCAUUCGGCAAAUACGUUGCUGAUGAGGCCCGACUGGAAGGCGAGUUCCGCUUCCAACACUCGCGGUUGAUUGAUUAUAGCGAAGAGGUGGCGUUGUACCAUGGGCACGAAGCAGAGAAGGAUACACUCGACAAGGGAUAUUUCACGUUGAUCAAGCAUGUGAACAGGAUACUGAGAAGGAGGUUCUAUCAUGGUGUCAUGGAGGACUUUGUUAUCAAGUAUUUCUGGGGAGCGUUGGGGUUGUUGCUGUGCAGUGUGCCCGUUUUCUUCAAGGUCCCAGGGACUGGAAUAAACAUGGGUGAUCGGACAGAAAGCUUUGUGACCAAUCGCCGCAUGCUCCUCAUGUCCUCAGACGCCUUCGGCCGCGUCAUGUUCUCCUACAAGGAAAUAACCGAGCUCGCUGGCUACACUUCGCGCGUAGCUACCCUUCUCGAUGUCAUCGACGACAUCCAAGCCGGCCACUUCGAAAAGAAACUCGUUUCCUCCGCAGACACCGAAGAAAACGCAGCUGUUCUACGCGGUCGUGGCGAAGUAACCGAGGGCGAAGACAUCAUGUUCAAGGAUGUCCCCAUCGUGAGCCCCAACGGCGACGUCCUCGUCCGCAAACUGAGCUUCGCUGUCAAACCUGGUGACCAUCUGCUCAUCGUUGGACCCAAUGGCUGCGGCAAGUCCAGUCUUUUCCGUAUUCUGGGCGGUCUGUGGCCUGUCUACGGCGGUACCGUACGGAAACCACCGUUCGAAGCUAUCUUCUACAUCCCGCAACGACCCUAUCUCUCCCGAGGCACGCUCCGCCAGCAGAUCAUCUACCCUGACAGCUUGCGCGAGAUGCGUGAUAAAGGCAUCACGGACGCGGAUCUUCUUGCUAUCCUGGAAGUUGUCGAAAUCGAGGGUAUCGUCGAUCGACCCGGCGGCUGGGACGCGGAGCAAGAGUGGACCGAUGUGUUGAGUGGUGGGCUACAGCAGAGGGUCGCAAUGGCGAGAUUGUUCUACCAUCGCCCGCGGUAUGCCAUCCUGGACGAGUGCACGAGUAGUGUUACCCUCGAGAUCGAGCGGGUGAUGUAUGAAGAGGCGAAGAGGUUGGGUAUCACACUCAUGACAGUCAGCCAUAGGAGAAGCCUGUGGAAGUACCAUGAGAAGAUUCUGCAGUUUGAUGGGCAGGGGGGGUUCGUCUUCACCAAGCUGGAUGCUGAGAGGAGAUUAGAGUUGGAAGAUGAAAAAGAUGAAAUCGACUUGCAGCUUCGUGCUGUGCCCGACAUCGAGGAGAGGAUCAAGGAGCUGGAAUUGACGUCGCAAUAAUGGCCUCGCGGGUAAUGCGGUGCUACGGUGUAUUGGUGUUUUCUAGGGGUUGGAGCAUGGAGUGUACAUGUAUGAUCUAUGUUGCUUGUAGGUCGGCAAAACUUAGUGCGAUGCAUCUUGUGAACAUUGGAGUGGCUAGGUAUAGAGUAGAUGUAGAAGCUC